AUGGCAGACAACCACUUGCUUGACCUUGCAACACCUCCGGCAUGUAUCGCAGAUUUCUGUAUUAUACCUCUUGGGACCCCGACCGCCUCUGUCUCUGAAGAGGUCUCUCAAGUACAGCGUCUGCUCAAGAAAAGCGGCCUCGUGUACCAUAUGCACUCGGCCGGAACAACAGUGGAGGGUCCUUGGGACGAAGUCAUGCGAGUUAUCGGUCAAGCGCACUCGCUGUUGCAUGAGAAUGGUGUUGUGAGAAUCCAAAGCGAUAUCAGAGUUGGAUCGAGAACAGACAAGAAGCAGACGGCCGAGGAUAAGGUCGCUGCUGUCAAGGCCAUCUUGGACAAGGAUGAGCAGGCCUAA